CUUUUCGUUUCAGAUCCACCAACCACCACCAUCAUCAUCAUCAAUUCAUCAUCACGCACUGCGUUUCUUUCUCACGCCGACUGUUGUGUGAGUUGCGACACACAGAGCGAGAGAGAGAAUCCGACCGAAGUUGUUGAAUCUCUUCUGUUAUUACUGUUAUGCAGUUGAAACCUAUCAAGACAUUUGCAAUAACACUCAUGUUAGGGUUUUCACUCAUCAUCCUCUUCCUAACAACUGCCUUUCUACAAACCCCAUCUGCCAAUUCUUCAAUCCCAUUACCUAAUUACUCUAGUUUUCACACCCUUUCAACAAGUUCCACCACCCCACAACCUUUCAAAGACUUAUUCAAUGCAUACAAAAAUUGGGAUUCCCAAGUGGGUUGUGCCAACUUCAGGGAAAAACACACUGACUUAUCUCUAAAUAGGUCAAAGAUCUCGUCUUUACAGAAUGUUCAGGGUGAAAUCCAUUGUGCUGAUUUGCUGAUGAACCAUGUCUCUAUUCUGGUCAAAGGCUGGACUUGGAUUCCUGAUAAUAUGGAUAAUUUGUAUAGCUGUAGAUGUGGGUUGACCUGUUUAUGGUCCAAAUCUUCUCUUCUUGCUGAUAAUCCUGAUGCCCUGUUCUUUGAAUCCGUUACUCCUCCAUUCCAGAGACAAGAUGGUGAUCCACUUCGUGUAUAUAUGGAUCUUGAAGCUGGCAGAAAGAGGUCGAGCUACGAGGACAUCUUUAUAAGUUAUCAUGCUAAAGACGAUGUCCAGUCAACUUAUGCUGGGGCGCUCUUUCAUAACAACCGAAAUUAUCAAUUAUCUUCCAUUAAGAACAACGACACUCUUGUUUAUUGGUCUUCAUCACGGUGCUUGCCUCAAAGGAAUGAGCUUGCUAAAAAGCUACUAAGACUUUUGCCCCACCAUUCUUUCGGCAAGUGCUUGAACAACAUGGGAGGCAUAGACAGAGCACUCUCUCUAUAUCCUGAGUGUGUGAAGGAUCCGAAUGAAGCACCUAAAUGGUGGGAUCAUCUGCAUUGUGCUAUGUCCCAUUAUAAGUUUGUCCUGGCAAUUGAAAACACUAUGACAGAGAGUUAUGUGACGGAAAAACUGUUUUAUGCACUAGAUUCUGGAGCAGUUCCCAUAUAUUUUGGUGCCCCAAAUGUGUGGGACUUUAUACCUCCUCACUCGGUUAUAGACGGUACACAAUUCAGUUCCAUGGAGCAACUGGCUUCUUAUGUCAAGUCUGUAGCCAACGAUCCUAUCGCAUAUGCAGAGUAUCAUGCAUGGAGGAGAUGUGGUGUAUUAGGUAAUUAUGGAAAGACUCGUGCAGCUAGUCUCGACACUUUACCUUGUAGGGUAUGUGAGGCCGUGAGCAGAAAAAAUGGGAGAAAUGCAAAGGCUUUUUAAACCAACUGCCCGAUACUUUUUGAUGAUUUUUGCGUGAUAGUACAUUGUUAGAGAGUAGUAUAUACAAGCACUGAGAAUUAGAUGUAGAAAGACUUGAACGCUGACAAUUCGAAUUGUACAGAAUUUUUUGCUGCUAA